CACAUCACAACCUAAUCUGGUAGGCUAGGAUGCUCAGAAUAACUUCUCUUAUCAUAAUUCAUAACUCUCCGUUCGCAUCAAAUCAUCUUCCCUCCAAAUCAAAUCAUUUUCCCAAAUUUUCUUUUUGACUUCUCUCUUUCUAUCCUGUUUCUCUCCACUCAUCUUGGACUUGGAGCCUCAGUUACUCAGAGCUAGGGCAUGGAGGUGAAUUCCGAGAAAGGCGAUCGUCGGCGACGCGUGGGCCUCGUCUACGAUGAUCGUAUGUGUAAGCAUGCCACAGCAGAUGGUGAUCCUCACCCCGAGAAUCCCGAUCGGAUUAGGGCCAUCUGGAAGAAGCUCGAAAGCGCUGGAAUUCCUCAGAGAUGUGUGGUUUUCAAUGCUAAAGAAGCAGAAGAUAAACAUAUACUAUCAGUUCACAGCAAUAAUCAUGUCAAUUUGAUUAAAAAUAUUAGCUCCAAACAAUUUGAUUCAAGAAGAAAUAGGAUUGCGUCAAAGUUUAAUUCCAUCUAUAUGAAUGAAGGCUCAUCGGAGGCUGCUUAUCUUGCUGCUGGCUCUGUGAUUGAGGUUGCUGAGAGGGUCGCCAAAGGGGAGUUGAGUUCUGCUUUUGCCAUUGUUAGGCCUCCUGGACAUCAUGCAGAGCAAAAUGAGCCAAUGGGAUUUUGUCUAUACAACAAUGUGGCUAUUGCAACAAGUUUUCUCUUGAAUGAAAGACCGGACAUUAAAAAAAUCCUGAUUGUUGAUUGGGAUGUUCAUCAUGGUAAUGGCACUCAAAAGAUGUUCUGGAAGGAUCCUCGAGUUCUAUUUUUUUCUGUUCAUAGGCAUGAGUUUGGGAGUUUUUAUCCCGCAAACGAUGAUGGUUUUUAUUAUAUGACUGGAGAAGGACCAGGUGCUGGAUACAAUAUAAAUGUUCCUUGGGAGAAUGGACGAUGUGGUGAUGCUGAUUAUCUUGCCGUUUGGGACCAUAUAUUAAUUCCUGUUGCCAAGGAUUUUAAUCCAGACAUUGUUAUAAUCUCUGCAGGAUUUGAUGCAGCAAUUGGUGAUCCCUUGGGGGGGUGUCAUGUCACACCAUAUGGAUAUUCUGUUAUGUUGAAAAAGCUGAUGGAGUUUGCUGAAGGAAAGAUUAUAAUGGCAUUAGAAGGUGGAUACAAUCUUGUCUCUUUAGCAAAUUCAGUUCUUGCAUGUGUUGAGGUUUUGCUAGAAGACAAGCCUAUUGCUGGAUCUUCAGAGGCCUAUCCAUUCGAGUCAACAUGGCGUGUAAUACAAGCAGUUCGCCAAGAAUUGAGUGCAUUCUGGCCAACUCUUGCAGAUGAAUUACCAAAGAAGCUAACCAGUUGUAAAGCAUCUCCACUUCAGCAGCUUCUGGUCGCAAGCUCUGAUUCUGAAGAUGAAAGUGACAUAGAUCUGCAUAUUGGAGCAGAAAAUCUUGAGGCAGUUGUUCAGGAUGGCCUUUCAAAACUGAAAGUUGAUGAAGAUAGUCAUGUGGACACAGAUCUGGUGGCCACCUGGAGAUCAGAGUUGUCAAAAAUUGAUGUUUGGUAUGCCUCUUUUGGAUCGAAUAUGUGGAAAUCAAGAUUUCUGUGCUACAUUGAAGGUGGACAGUUGGAAGGUAUGGAAAAGCGAUGUUCCGGUUCAGUGGAUAGAAACCCACCAAAAGAGAUUAUGUGGAAGACUGUCCCUCAUCGUUUAUUCUUUGGUCGUGAUCAUUCCAGCAUAUGGGGUCCUGGAGGGGUUGCUUUCCUUAAUCCUGAAGAAAACAAGCAGGACAGAGCUUACAUUUGCCUAUAUAGAAUUACUCUUGAACAGUUCAACGAUGUUCUGCUUCAGGAGAAUGCUUCAAGUUAUGACAUCAGUUCUCCUUUGUUUGAUUUAGUGGCUUUAAACUCUAUUGCUGACAAACAGUCCAUCUCUGUGGAGUUCAAGUCGGGCUGGUAUCGUAACGUCCUUUAUUUGGGAAAGGAGUGUGAUAUUCCAAUUCUGACUCUCACAUGCCCACUUUCAGAUGUUGAGGCCUUCAAAUCGGGAGCCCUUCCCAUGAGUGCUCCAAGCAAAGAAUAUGCCAACACCAUAAUAAGAGGCCUGACAGAAGGAAAACAGCUCUCAGAAGAAGAAGCCAUUGCUUACAUUCAGGAAGCUUCUACAAAGCCAUUUGUGAUUUCCACCCCUAAACCCUUCGCCUGCUUUGUUUCCUGAAGACCAUUUGAAGGAAAUCAGCUUGCAAAUAUGGGUAAAACCCUUUGAUAGUAUUAAAAUUAUGAUGUGCUUGCUGUGAUAGUAUUAAAAUUAUGAUAUGCUCCCCUUUAGUAAAUUCUCUGUACAAUAUGAUGAUGCAGUUAAUAUUAUUCUAAUUUGCUUAUAAUCAUGAAUUACUUGUAUUUUAUUUUA